AUGAAGUUCGUUCUCCUUACAAUUGCCUACUUCUUAGCACGCGUUUCUGCUGCUCAGUCCGUGUUUGCCAGUGACUGUCCAUCAGACUCGCCCGAGUCAUGCACCACGUCGAACUCGGCCUCGUGUUGUUUUGAAGCCCCCGGUGGUGUCCUUUUGCAAACUCAAUUUUGGGAUUAUUCACCAGCUACUGGCCCUUCCGACUUGUUCACUUUGCACGGAUUAUGGCCAGAUAACUGUGAUGGUACAUACCAGCAAUUUUGCGAUAACUCGGUCACCAUCCCCAACGAUGGAAGCACCAUCCAGGAUAUCUUGGUUAACCAAUUCAACGACCAAGGCUUGUACGACAACUUGAGCAACGUUUGGAAAGACAUUAACGGUAACGACCGGUCCUUGUGGGCUCAUGAAUGGAACAAGCACGGAACUUGUAUCAACACCAUUAACCCAAGCUGCUACUCCAACUACCAAACCCACGAAGACGUUUACGACUAUUACAAGACCUUGUACAAUUUGUAUGAAUCUUUGCCAACGUAUCAAUGGUUGGUCAAUGCUGGAAUUACUCCAAGCAACUCGAAAACUUAUACUUAUGACCAAAUCCAGCAAGCCCUCAGCUCAAACUUUGGUCAAGAUGUUUACUUCAAAUGUGACUCCAAUAAUGCUAUAAAUGAAAUCUGGUAUUUCCACCACAUUAAAGGCUCAUUGUUACAACACAAUUUCGUUCCAAUUGCACCAUUGUCAAAUUCCAAUUGUCCUUCCUCAGGUAUCCUCUUCCCACCCAAAUCGGGCUCUGGCGGCGGCGGCGACGACGAUACCCCAGCACCAAAACCAACAACCACCACAACAUCGGGUCCAGCUCCCACGGGUGUGCCAUCUGCGGGAUACAUUGACUUGUCCGGUAAGCCAGGAUGCUUGAUCUCCAACGGGAAGUACUAUACCUCGGGCACUUGUGCCACUUACCAUUUCGCCGAGUCUUCCUUUGGUGGAGUCACGAUCACUUCGUCCAAAGGUGGUUGUGGUGUCAACUCGUCCACUAAGGAGUUCACUUGCAGUUCAUCAGUUGAUGCUUCGCAGAACCAAUUCCAGAUCAAGAAUGGUAAUAUUGGAUUUGGCGGCAAUUACGACUGGUGUUUAGGCUCGUCUUCCGGCAGUGGAUCCACAGCUCAAACUGCAGUUAAAUUGAGUGAUGGCUCAUGUAGCUCGUUCAAGCUCAACCCGGUUUCAAAAUAA